UAUAACUUUACGCUCGAGGCUCGCCUUCUCUGAAUUGGAGAAAUGAGUUUACGGCGCAAGCUUGAUGCCUUGCGGCGGCUCCAUGCCUCACUUGGAGCCGCGGCGGUUGUGUAAGCCCGCCACGUUCUCUCCCAGACAGAGCCGCAAACCGAAGGGCCGUUCUCAACGCGCGCAGCAGCUUCUCUUCCCUCCCCAAGCUCCGUUUAAAAGCGACUCUUCCCAUCGUUGCCAGCUGCGUGAGCCAGGCGGGGGCAGGCCCGGCCAAGCCCUCUGCAGUACCGUCAACUCCCGUCUGCGCCCCGCGCUCAUUUCGCUUGCUCAGCGCUGAGCCGCACCGCACUUUUCUGUCGCUGCGCGUUUUGCUCGCUGGGCGCUUCCCACCAUCUGAGCAGAGAGAUGAGGGUGCUCCUGUGGCCGAUGGCACUGAGCUGCUGCCUGUUACUCCUGCGGCUGCCGGACGGCUCGGCUCAGCUCUUCGGGCGGCACUUUGAGGAGCGGGCUUGCCCCGAGCGCUGCGAUCGCGCGCGGUGUCCGGAGCUGCCGGCCGAGUGUGCGGGAAGCGGGGAGGCGUUCGAUUCGUGCGGCUGCUGCGCUGUUUGUGCCGCGCAGGAAGGCGACCCCUGUGGAGGACCGCCUGCCGGGGAGCCGUCGUGCGCUGAGGGGUUGCUCUGCGUGCUAUCGCCCGGCGGGUCCGGCGUGGCAGCCUCGGCCACCGUGCGCAAACGGGCCAAAGGCGGUCGCUGCAUUUGCGCCAGCAACGAGCCCGUGUGCGGCAACGAUGGAAGGAGCUACGGCAAUGUAUGCCAGCUGCGGGCUGCUAGCCGACGCUCUGAGGGCCAGCGCCAGCCGUCCGUCAUUGCCAUCCAGCGGGGCGGCUGUGGUCAGGGCCAGGAAGAUCCCAAUAGCUUGCGGCACAAAUACAACUUUAUUGCUGAUGUGGUAGAGAAGAUAGCUCCGGCUGUGGUUCACAUUGAAUUAUUUCGCAAACUGCCUUUUUCAAAGCGGGAGGUUCCUGUUGCCAGUGGCUCAGGGUUUAUUGUUUCCGAAGAUGGAUUGAUAGUUACAAAUGCCCAUGUCGUUACCAAUAAGAACAGAGUAAAAGUGGAACUGAAGAAUGGUGACACACAUGAAGCUAAAAUUAAAGAUAUUGAUGAGAAAGCAGAUAUUGCACUAAUAAAAAUAGACAACAAGGGGAAGUUGCCAGUCCUCCUGCUUGGACGUUCUGCAGAGCUACGGCCUGGUGAAUUUGUGGUUGCAAUUGGAAGUCCAUUUUCUCUUCAAAAUACAGUGACAACUGGAAUUGUCAGCACCACCCAACGGGGAGGCAAAGAACUGGGACUUAGAAACUCUGACAUGGACUACAUCCAGACAGAUGCAAUUAUCAAUUAUGGAAACUCCGGAGGACCUUUAGUAAACCUGGAUGGUGAAGUGAUUGGUAUUAAUACUCUGAAAGUCACUGCUGGGAUUUCCUUUGCAAUACCAUCGGACAAAAUUAAAAACUUCCUCACUGAGUCGCAUGACCGACAAUCUAAAGGAAAAGCUGUAACUAAGAAGAAAUAUAUUGGCAUACGAAUGAUGUCUCUUACUCCUAGCAAAGCUAAAGAACUGAAGGAGCACCAUAAAGACUUCCCUGAUGUCAUUUCUGGAGCCUAUAUUAUUGAAGUCAUUCCAGAGACACCAGCUGAGGCUGGAGGCCUGCAAGAAAAUGAUGUGAUUAUAAGUAUCAAUGGACAACCAAUAUUCUCAGCCAACGAUGUCAGUGACAUUAUUAAAAAGGACAAUACACUCAGCAUGGUAGUACGUCGGGGCAAUGAAGACAUUAUUUUAACAGUGAUACCUGAUGAAAUUGACCCUUAAGUAGAAACAUGAGCUGGAUUUCAUGUUCUCUGUUAAGAGCGAGCAGUGGACUGUUUAUGUUGUCUCUGUGCUGGUACAGGAAACAGACUUUUGACCAAAAAUCCACAUGUUCAGUGGAACUGUAUUGGCCAAAAAAGUAAUUUUAAUAUAGGCUCGAGGCACAAAACCGAUACAAAGUUCAAGAUGAUACUUCUUUAUGUAUGCUUUGUAUUCUCUACUGGCUGCUCCAUCUGUUACUGUUAUUUCAGUGGUCAGGAUCUGAUCCCUCCUGUACUACAAAUGUAUCACUACCUUGAACCCAAAGUUAAAACCACAGCUAAACCAUACCUUGCAGUAUUUGUUUUUUCUAUCGCUUGAUUCUUCCUAGAAAUAUAGUUGUUAAUAUGAGUGGCAGAUGACUAACAUGUUUGAAAAGAAAUGGAGUCUUGUACACAAACUACCCGAAUGAUCUUUCCUUACUGAAUCCAUGCUGAUUUUUAAAAUACUUAUUUCCUAGUUUAAUUAAAAUAAUUCCAACAGUA